AUGUCCAGGGACACAAUUAUCUGGGACGCAAAUAUCCAGUUACUUUCUGCUUCCCUUUGCCCUCCUUUCCUUCAAUGUCCUGUAACUAUCAAAUUAUCUAAACACUCAUUCCUCAUUUCAACUCUCUUUCUCGCUCUCUCUUUUCUCUCUCUCGUCGUUCUCGCGCUCUCUCUUUUCUCUCUCGUGCGUUCUCGCGCUCUCUCUUUUCUCUUUUGCGCGUUCUCGUGCUCUCUCUUUUCUCUCUCUCUCUCUCGCGUGCGUUCUCUCUCUCUCUCUCACUCUCGCGUGCGUUCUCGCUCUCUCACUCUCGCGUGCGUUCUCGCUCUCUCUCUCUCGCGUGCGUUCUCGCUCUCUCUCUCUCGCGUGCGUUCUCUCUCUCACUCUCUCGCGCGUUCUCUCUCACUCUCUCUUUUCUCUCUCUUUCUCUCUCUCUCUCUCUCUCUCUCUUGUUCUCGCUCCUCUCUCUCUCUCUCUCUCGUGUUCUCUCUCUCUCUCUUUUCUCUCUCACUCUCUCUUUUCUCUCUCUUUCUCUCUCUCUUUCUCUCUCACUCUCUUGAACACGUGCACUCUCUCUCUCUCUUUUCUCUCUCCCGCAUUCUCGCUCUCUCUCUCUCUUUUCUCUUGCGCGCUCUUUUCUCUCUCGUGCUUUUCUCUCUCUCUUGCGCACUCUUUUCUCUCUUUCUCUCUUGCACACGUGCUUCCUCUCUUUCUCUCUUGCACACGUGCUUCCUCAUAUUUCUCUCUUGCACACGUGCUUCCUUUCUCACUCUCUUUUCUCUCAUGCGCACUCUCUUUUCUCUCUUUCUCUCUUUCUCAGUAAGAAAUCUAACCCUUCCUAAUUCAGAGGAAUGGAACUUCUCCCUCCCACCGCCACCCUGCAAAUCCUAUGUCACCCACUUCUACCCAUCUAUAUACAUGCUUAGACAGCCAUACACACACAAACUCUGA